UUCGGAUCUGAGAGUUCGUGAGAGGUAUUUCAAACUCUUACAUUCUUUUAGGCAUCGCAGUAUUCGACAACACGUACUCAGUGCGGCCAGGAUAUGAUCCUUAAAAGACUCUCGUUGUGCGCGAUUCAGAUCUUAGUUCUAUCUAACUUUUCUUAUUGCGCACCUAGGUCCGGAAGUUACUCUAUAUGUUCAGGUUCACGUUGUGGUCGAAAAAAAAUAACACGCACAAGUAUGGUGGAAGUGGAAGAUCUUUAUCAUUUGCAACACAAUGACCCUUGUCUACAGACUAAAGAGGGCAGUGCCAGAGACCAACAAGCAAAUAAUUUGUGCAAGAAGCUUGUCGAGACGUACUUGGCAUCUCCUAUGUACAAAAGAGAUUGGUCCAGCUGUAAGGAUGCUGAAUUUUUCGGUUGUGAGAGAGAUGACGCCGAGGCGUAUGAGACACACAGAUGCACGGUACAAUUCAAAACAACAGGUAUGUGGCCUUUAAGCAAUAUCGGUUCUCACAAGAAGCUGCUUUUAUGCGUGGAAAAAGAUGCUGAGUGGUACGCGAAGACGCAGCAAGAAUACGGUGCGUCAUAUGGUUUGACGGAGGUUCCAAGAGGAAAACCUUCUAUCAUCCGGGACCAAUCUUUCGUGAGCGGCCGCAGCGGCCGUGGACGAUCAAUGGAGCUUGAGCCUUCAUCUUCCCGAAAGAAAAAUAGACCUAAAAGUUCGAGUGAGGACUUCCUUCAUUUGUGGUGCCAACCUUUGCCAGCAAGGUCCACUGCAAUCAAUGCAAACAAUGAGAUUUUCUAUUCAGGUAGUGCGAGCUUUGAAUUGUGGGGUCGACCGACAGAUUAGCCAGGCAGCGAAGGCAGAAAGCCAAACCAAUGGAUAUUAUAUUCCUUUAAUUUUAGUUGUUACGCCCAGUAGUUCAUGAAAUUCCCUUUUACCUACUCUUUAACCAAAUGAGUAAUGUUCCACUUGCUCUCAAAAGAGUUUUUUGUAAUCGGGGCAUAUCUUUAGGAAUUUUCAUUUUAUGAAAUGGAUUCAAUUUUUACCCUUUUAGAAUAUUUUUACUCCUCUAGUGAAGUAGGCUUAAUUAUCAGAUCCUUUGCUUUCUUAGAAAGUAUGUGACCUUACUAACUUGCUUAAACAGUAUUCGCAGCCUCUUUAUGAUACAUGCACUUUAUUUUAGUUUUUUCUUUCCUUAUUCAUACUCUAUGUUUCAUAAAUAUUUUAUUUUUG